AUGAAUUUCGACAUUACAUUCUCAGAUGAUGAAGAGGUUUACCAUCAUAAGACUCAAGGUGGUGUGAAUUCUUUGGCAAGAGAAAUUGACUCUGACAGGUACAUGAGGGCUGAACUAGGCCUAGAUCUAUCAGAUAGUGAUGAUUUUUCAGGUAGUGAGAAUGAUAUGGAUGCUAUGGCUGAGCUUUAUGAACAAUUGGAAAUUAGUGAUAACUAUGAUCCUGUAAGAACUGAGCAUUUUGAUGAGAAAGGAAGCCUAAAAGUUGAAACAAAGAAUGCUGAUGGGAAGAAGAAACAAAAAGGGAAACCACAAAAUGGAGCAAACAAACAAGAAAAUAACUCAGAUACUGCUCCGACAAAGAGAAGAAGGGAGAGAAAGAAGAAAGAGAAUGGUUCAAAAGAUGAGAGUAAACUAAAGAAAGAAGAGAGUGAACAACAAGUUCCAAAUAAAGAAACUAAAACAGAGCAUGAAGGCCGUUCAAAAAGCCACCAAAGAAGGGUUAGAAGAAGAAAGGCUGAACAAUUGAGAAAAAAUGGUGAAAAUGGCAAUGAUCAAACUAAGGAAUCUCAAGAUGCUGUCAACACUUCCAAUAACGAGAAGAAGUUCAAGGGGAAAAAUCAAGGCUCAAACAAACCAAAGGAAUCCGAUGCUACAAAGAGAACUGAGUUAAUAGAGCAACAGAGAAGUACAAAACCAACAAAGACAAGAGGGAAAGCUCAAAGUGAUAGACAUGAAAAGUCCAAGAGUCCUGAAACUCAAGAAAAGAGCGAGAACCGCACGAAAGAAAAAACUACCAAAGAUGAAAAUAACCAAGAGAAGGAAAAGACGCCUAGAAGGACCAAGAAGAAGGAAGAACUAAAUAGGGAUAAGAAGGAAAAGAAAGCCAAAUCAAAAGAUCAAAAUAUUGACAAAUCCAAUUCCAAGGCUCAAACACAAGAAGCUAGUCAAAAGUCAAACAUGGAUCAACUUCAGGAAACUAUUAAGAAAAGAAUGAAAGAAUUGAAAGAAAUGAAAGAACAGGCCUUACCACACAUUGCCUAA